AUGACUAGUCCUUAUUUAUUUGAAAAAGGGAAAAAAACUGAAAGUUAUAUAACAGCAGUUGAGGAUAAUCCCGUCAAUAAUAAAAUGUUUCUUCAAAAUAUGAAUAAUGAUGAUAUUGAAAUAUCUAAUAAUGCUACUAAACCAUUUAUUUCUAAAAAUGAUGAUAAAAAUAAGCCUGAUAAAAUGAAUGAAAGUUAUGGUUUAACUGCAGAAGAGUUAGCACCAUAUGGUGAGGAUCGUACAUGGAAAAUUAUAAGAAUAUUUCUUUAUGUAUUAUUUUGGUUAUUAUGGUUAGCAAUGGUUGGAGGUAUAGUUGCAUUGAUACUUCUUAAUCCACCAUGCUCAAAUGUAAGAGAAAAAAGAAAUUUAGAAUGGUGGGAAAAAUCAUUGAUUUAUCAAAUAUGGACACCAUCAUUUAAAGAUUCCGAUGCAGAUGGUUUGGGUGAUUUUAAAGGAAUAAAUGAAAAAUUAUCUAGUUUAGAGAAGAUUAAUAUUGAUACUAUCUUUCCUAGACCAUUUUUAAAGAUUAAUAAAGAUGAUAAUGAAGUAAUUGAUUAUUUUGAUGUUAAUACAGAAUAUGGAAAUUUGGAGGAUGCUGAAAAUCUUAUUAAAUCUGCUCAUGAUAAAGGAAUUUAUGUUAUUAUAGAAAUACCUAUCUCAGUUACUAGUAAUAAACAUAUAUGGUUUAAAAAAAGUUCUAAAGGAUCAAGUGUUGAAAAUUCAUCCUACUCUGAUUUUUACUAUUGGAAACAAAAUGCUGAAAAAUCACAAUAUGCCUCAAAUUAUGAAGAUACAAAUAUAUUAUAUUGGCAUAAAAAAGACAAACCAAAUAGUCCAAUAUUAAAUUGGAAAAGUUCUGGUUUAAAAGAAGCUAUGUAUGAGGUAUUUAAAUUUUGGAUUAAAAAAGGUAUUGAUGGUUUUUAUUUAUCAUCACCAAAAUAUAUUGCAAGAUCUCUUGAUGCUACAAAACCUGAUUUUCCUGAAAUUGUUGAAGUAUUUCAAGAAUUAAAAAAUGAAAUUGACAAUUAUAUACAAGAAAAUGAAGAUAUUAAAGAUAAAAAGAUUUUUAUCUUUACAUCUGCUGAUGAUAUGACAGAGAAUGAAAAAAAACAAUUAGGUAUUAAUGGUGGUUUGGAUGCUCUUAUAAAUUAUGAAUUAGGAAAUGUAGAGAAAGAUAGUAAAAUAUGUUAUAAAUUAGAAUCAACUGUUGCUGGUUGUGUUAAUGAAAUAUUAUCUGAUAUUCUUAUUUUCCAUAAUAAUAAUCCACAAAUAGUACCAAUAUGGGAAUUUGGAAAUCCUUCAACUACACGUCUUUCAACAAGAGUACAAUCUAGAUUACAUAGUGAAAUAUUAAUAAUGUUACAAAUGAUGUUACCAGGAUCAAAUAUGUUUUAUUAUGGUGACAUAAUUGGUAUUAAAAAUUUAAAAAAUAAUAAUGAAUAUAAAAAUGUAAGUCAGAUGAGUGCUAUGCAAUGGGAUGAUACAAUAAAUGGUGGUUUUACACAAGCAGUUAAUUCAAUUAUUCCAGUUCAAACAGAUAUUGAAAAUAUAAAUUGGGAAAAACAAUUAAAAAAUACUAUUAGUCCUUUAAGAAUGUUUAAAAGAAUCGCAAAAAUAAAAAAAAGAGUUGAUGCUUUUAAAUAUGGUAAAGCAUAUGUUGGAACAAGACUACAACAAGCUUUUACAAUUUCACGAUUUGAUACAGAUGAACAAAGGCAACCAAUAGGACAUGUUUAUGUUUGUGCAGCUAAUUUUGGAAAAGAAACAACAACAUUACCAUUAGAUGAAAUUCCAGGGGCAUCAUCAAUAACACUAAAAAAUUCUCAAAUAUUUGCAUUGACAACUAAAGCUUAUGAAACAUAUGAUGUUAGAGAAAAAGUAGAUUUAAGUUCACAAUCUUUAACCAUUGGUCCACAACAAGCAAUUAUUUUUAAAUUUUUGGUAUAA